AUGGCGUCGAGAGAUUGGAGGUCCAUAGAUAUAGAUGCGUUAGAAACAGAUGCACACCUUACAGAAGAAGAUCUUAAGCCCGACUUACCUGUAACUCUGCAAUCGGACAUUUCAGCAGUAGCGCAAAAAGUUCGUACACAAUUAUCAUCGGGGGAAUUUCAACAAGCGCUUGAAUUGGCCUUGGACAAUGCUCCAUAUGUCUCCGAUACACCACAGACCAAAGAAAUACAUUUGAAAACCGUUUUUGAAAUUUUGUGCUCGAUAAGGAAUAAUAACAAUUUGUCUGAUUUACCCAAAUUUGUCAAGAAUUUGAACCAGGAACAACAAGAUACUUUGGUCAAGUAUUUGUACAAGAACAUGUCUACUGCUUAUGGUCAGAAACAAGGUGGUUUACUAUUGAAUUGGUUUGAAAAGACAAUUGAAGUUACCGGUGUUGGGUCAAUUGCUAGAUUUUUGACAGAUAGGAGAACUGUAUAG